UGUAUAUUAAUCUGGUAUAAAGCAGUUAAGUGGCACCACUUGCGUUGUCCUGUCUGUUCACAAUCAUCAGGUGACCUCAAUCAUUCUUUUGAUCGAAAUCGUUGUUCACGAAAUAGAUUGACCGGCAUCCUCGAAAAACCAGAGUCAGUCGUAUCCUCCUCCGAUCCGCUCGCACACCUUACGCCGUGUGUCGGCUUGAGGCUCAGGAUGAUCGAGGACCUCGUGGCCGGCUGUGUCAUCACUGUCUGAUAUUACUAAGCACGUGAUGUCAUCGUUUCAGAUGGCAUCUUAAAAAUAGCUAUAAGUCAUGUCUCAUCAGACGAGCAGCUCAACUGACGAUCAUCAAGACAGGAUGAUGAAGGGACGACUGACCACCGCCUGGCAUGGUGAGCGGUCUCACUCUGUCCAGCAGUCGGUAAGUUGCAAAUAAAUGACUACAACAGCACCAACUUCACCAUACGUUUUGGACGUUGGAAAUACCAAGAUUGCGGAUUUAAGCGAAGCUGCAGCUGAUGGCACUAGCAAGGAUCGAUUGGAACAAGUGAACGAUAGGAAAACAGGGAAAUCAUCGACCGAUCAACUCAGUUCAGAGAAGUUACAUAAGGCAUCCGCCACCUUGGCUAACUUGCUGUUUAUCUAUAGUCAGCUGACCAGUGCAGUCGUUUGUUCGAAAUGUGACGCAACAAUCGAGGAUGAACAUGAAAUAGAAAAUAUCCUAGAUAAGCAUGACGCCAAGAGUCCAGACUGCAAACUCCCCAGGGUAAAGUACGAAAAUUACAUAAAAAAUAAAGAAGCAAACUCAACGCCAUCUUUAGGAGAUUUAGAAAAGUCAGAGGGCGCCAGGAGCGAUCUGCCAUCUUCGAAACGUGACAUUCUCUUCCGAUUGGAUGAAAAUGUUGUUUCAGACACCUACGGUUCAAGCGAUGAGGACAUGUACGAGGAUGGAUCACGUGGCAAUCACGUCACCACGUCGUCUGCCACAGGGUGUGGCAGUGGCGUUUACCACCCAACGAACGCUAAAUACCCAAAUUAUUUGAACAGGAUCGAACGAACUCUCAGUCUUGGAAGAUGGGAUAAUCCAUUCCGGUUUAAUGUUGCCGAGGCGGCUGAAGCCGGGUUGUUCUAUCCGGGUUCGGGGAAGGAUUUGUUGUGCCACUAUUGUGGUUUUGCUGUGCCGCCCUUGAAGAAGAGUGACGACGCCUGGAUAGAACACGCCAGACUCAGUCCUGGGUGUGGCUUUGUUAAGUUCGAGAAGGGCCAAAGAUAUAUUCGAAAUGUUCAGGAAAUGUACGAUGACUGUGAUAUUGAAGACAGUGUGCUUAAUCAGGAGCUGGCCUCCAUAGAACAAAACACCGCCAUGCACCUUACGGAAUCUCAACUUGCACCCGAGUUACCUGCUCAAAGUGCAGCCGCAACUCCAACCUCAUCUAGUCAAUCUACUAAUGUUUACGAACCACAACCGGGCACUUCAAAUGGCCACGCCUCACAUCCAACUGUGUCAACUGGGAGACAUGAUAUCACCUCGUCAUUGUCUCGGCGCGUGCCACGGUUGCCACGUGUUCAACCUGUCGCUAGACCGCACCGCCCUCCUAGAAUUCCGAAGAGGCAAGUCCAAGCCCGUGAAGUCCGAGCUCGUUUGGACAUGGAAUGGGCACGGAGACUAAUUGGAAUGGGUUACUCUGCUGAACUUGUCGGUGCUGUCAUUGCAGAGCAAAUGAUUUAUAAUGGAGACGACUUCAAGUCGUACAAGGACAUGUUAAUGGCUACCGUGGAGGCUGCUGACAUGGGAGACGACUACCCUGUCAGGCACUACGCGCUAGGCUUGACUCAGAAUACUGCCAUGUCUUCAGGGUCGGAAGGAUCAUCAAUUAACCAACAACCUCCAUCCGCAACACCAAGGUCAAGGACAUCAAGUUCCACGACACCAAGUUCGAGGUCAAGUUCCAAUUCCGCCAUGGCGUUAUCUGUGGGAGCCUCCUCAUGGACAGAAACUACAGCGCCGGCUGGUAGCCAGGGAAAUAGUUCAACUGUCAACAAUAUCGAAACAUCGGUUGGAAAUUUAAGCCUAGAGAGCAAAAUUCUGGAGAAAGAAAACCGGGAACUGAAGGACAAGAAGAUGUGUAAGAUUUGCUACGAACGCGAUGCGAACAUAGUCUUUAUACCUUGUGGACAUUUAGUCGUCUGUGAGAACUGCAACAUUAGGAUAAAUGAGUGUCCCCUCUGCAGGAGAGGCAUACGGGGGAUUCUUAAGGCGUUCCUUUCUUAAUACAGGCAGUUCACACUCCCUGGGAAAGCAAAUGUGUAGUGCUAUUUUAACCCAGGAUCUUAAUCUGACUAUCAGUUUGUAAUAAUUGUUGACGGGGCGCUUUGACCCGGACUAUGCGUGCACAUGGGUUGGGCGUUGCAGGUGUGCUAACUGUAGAUUUUAACUGUAGAUUUAAAAGUCCAAUAUUGAUUGAUUUUUAUCAUUAUAUGUAUUAAUUUUUAGGGGACCCCCUAUUAUGGGUCUAUGAUCCCUCUGGGUGUCCCUAUUGAGUGCCAUCAUUGUGUUCCUUCGUUUGUUUGUAUUUUUAUAGUUUAUGUUCUGUACUCUUGGUGCUCAAUAAACUUAUAUUAAAUUAAAUUAAAUUAAUUAAAUUAUCAUGCAUUAUAUAUUGUUUUGCUAUUGUAAUAGUAAGUUAUAGUAUAAUAAGCAAAAAAAACACAAACGUUUAAGCUUUCCACAAGAUCUCGGCUUGUAUGUAAUUUUAAAAAAGACUAAAAAACACUUACUCUGAAAAAAUGACUAAGGAACUACAUCUAUAUGUCUUUAUGAAUUGUUUUUCCAGGGAGUGUGGUCACCAUCUGUCACUAUCCUGUAUCAGUUAGGUACCUACAUGUAUGUGCAUAUCACAUCAUUAUAGAUUAAAGGUCACCUGUAACUCUUUUUAACUGAGGAAAAAGUAAAAGGGCAUAAGAUAACAAACACAGUGGUGAAACCGCACAAGUAUCGAACAACUCAUCUUCAAGUUAUGGCAGCUAUAAAAUUCAAACAUUCCAGGUGGUGUAGGAAGAACAAACUGAUGAUGUAGAUUGUGCUGUACUAAAAUAAACUUUUUUAUAGUUUCAUGCCUAUAUUUUAAAAUUGUACAUUAACAUGUUAACUAAAAGCUAAUACCUGUGACAAGGUAAUUAGAAUAUAAGUUUGAAACUAUGAAAACUAUAUUUCAGUACAACACAAUGUACAUCAUCAAUUUGUUCUUCCUGCACCACGCUGGAAUGUUUGAAUUACAUACUGCUAUAACUUUAAGAUGAGUAGUUUGAUUUUCAUGCAGUUUUCACAAUUCUGUUUCUUAUGUUAAGCCCUAUCAUUUGUUCCCAAAGUUGAAAUUUUAAUAAAAGCGUUUCAGGUCACCUUUAAUACAAAAACAACCAUUAGUUUCAGACGAUUGUUCGAGAGGUAGAUAUAUCAGCCUUACACUGGUGCAAAGCUGAGGAGACCUUUUUGAUUAACAGGAUAUUUUUGUAAACCGUGAUAUACGCGCAGGGUGCGAUAUAUACAUCAGCUAGUGUAACCAGAAUCGUUUUUAUUUUGACCAAACACUUGGCGGUCAAAGCUGUAGAAUUGUUACUAUUGUUAGUAAUUUAUACGAUUUAGCAAGACGAAAUGAUAUUUAUUUUGAAAA